AUGGCAGAAAACGAGGGGAGCGAAAACGGGGAGCAGCUGCGGGAGCCGCUGGUGCUGCAGAUCGACGGCGAUGACGACGGCAGCGUGGGCUCCGAGGACACAACCGACUGCGAAGACAGCGGCGACGAGCGCGCCAGCCAAAUGGCCGCAGAGUUGGAAGCUGAUGAGAACGAGGGAGCGCCAGCGGUGGCAGCGGCGCUGGAGGCAGGGGUGCUGGAUGAGGGUUUCGGGGGGCUCACACAGUUGGAGGACCGUCAGCACCUGCCGGCACCUGCCGCAGACGGGAACGCCCCUGGAGCCGAGCGCGCCGGCGCCGCGGUGCAGCCGUCGCUCGCAGACAGCGGCGAGGGUGCGUUGCCGGGGGAGCAAGGGACCGAGGAGCCUGCGCCGGCGGCUGAUGGGAUGGUGGAUGUGGUGGAGAAGGAGGGGCUGCCCGGCAGGCGAAAAGCCGGGCAGCUGGGCGUGCCCGGCCGGGAGUGCAACGUGUGCAUGAUCCGCAACGUCCAGGUGGCGCUGAUCCCCUGCGGCCACGCAUGCAUGUGCCGCCGCUGCAGCCGUCGCCUCUCCCGCUGCCCCGUCUGCCGCAAGGAAAUCCUGCGCCGCCAGCGCCUGUACAUCUAG